AGUCAUGGGUGUAGUUUUUGACCACACAAAUAGUUUGCUUUUACCAAGUGUAUCAGCAGCUUUGAGCACAUUCUUAUGUAAUCCUAAUUGCGAACUGACGGAGAAAUUGAAAUCUGAAACAAAAGUACGAAUUUCGCAGAAAAAAACUGACCAUGGAGAUAAUUAUGAAGUUUCUGGUAGUUUUGUAGAUAUUAUUCGAGCCAAUGAAAUAAUACAUACUUUCAUUCAACAGUUAAAUAAAAAUAUAAAUGAUUCUUUAUGUGAAACGUCAACAUUGAUGUUAGAUUUGAAUGAAGAGCAAAAGUCAUUACUCGUUCAUCGUGAAGAGAGGGCACAUGUUGUUGGAAGUGGUGGUCUCAUUUGUAAUCCAGAUUGCAAGUUGAAAGAUGAAUCUAGAACAGAUUCAGAUAUAUCAGGAAUGGAAAUCCUGAAGUUUGAGAAUGUUGACUUUGACCCCUCAGAGGAAAAAGGUCAUGAUGAGCAAGUGGUAAAUAGUAAACCAGACUUUUCCUUAGAUUAUAAUGCAGAGAAUACAGAAGGUAGCAGUAAAAGGGAACUGGUACAAGAUGAUGAUAAAGCCCAUGAGAAUGAAAACAACAGUCCUUUAAAAGAGGACAUGUACAUCCAACAGGAAACCAGUUUAUCAAAGCCAGGUUUAAAGAAAAAAAAAAAAAAAAAUAAUCAACACACACGUAAAGUUGACUUUAAUCAUCCAGAUGUUGAUAUGGAAGGACUAGAAGACAAACUUGAAGAUUUCGAGUACGAAGAACCUGUAUUUGCAUUGAAGAAAAAAGCUGGCAGAGUUAUAAGGGAUAAAGAUAAUCCAGAUUCGGCAAAGUCAGCAUGCAGAUUUUGUUCUUAUGUUAAUUUUUCUGCAUAUGCUCUGGCAAAGAAACGACUGCAACAGCAUUUUUGUAGGAACCAUGCUAACACGGAUCCAGUACAUAAAUGUGACCUCUGUACUAGAAGUUUUUGUACUCAAGCACAAUUGUACAAUCACAAAAGGGCGAAACACAUUUUCAAAAAAUGUGAAACUUGUGGAAUUGUUGUUCUUAAAGGAUACUAUACUAAGCAUAUAAAACUACACGAAGAUGGUGGUGAUGCCUAUAAAUUUGAAUGUCAGAUAUGCAAAAAGAAAUUGGCAUCUAAAUUGGUACUGAAAGGUCAUAUGAAAAGAAUGCACAUGUGCAAGGAAGAAAGAGAAACAUUUAGUUGUGAAGUUUGUAAAAAGUUUUGGCUUAGCAAAACAUCACUAGAUAGGCACAUGAAAAUUUACCAUGGAAAUGGAAACAUAACUAAUAAGCUACAUCUAUGUGAUAUUUGUGGGAAAGGUUUCGAAAGUGUUUCUAAAGUAAAAAACCAUAAAAGGACUCAUGAUGAAAUACCGCAGUUUGUUUGUGAUGUGUGUUAUAAAGCAUUUAGAUGUAAAGACGGAUUAAGGAGUCAUAUGAAGACUCACACUGGUGUAAGAAAUCAUUUGUGUAUGGAAUGUGGUAAGGCAUUCACACAGUCAGGGGCUUUGGACCGACAUAAACGUAUACACACUGGUGAACGGCCAUUUGUAUGUGGUCUCUGUGAUAGUUCAUUUAAUGACAGUUCAAUACUUCGUCGUCAUAUGUUUCUGAAACACAAAAAAGAAAACUUCUGAUUGUAUAAUAUGUUUAUUAUGUAAAUACAUCUUGCAUAUGUGCUAGAGAUUAAGUUGUAACAAGAAUGUGUCCAUAGUACACGGAUGCCCCACUCGCACUAUCAUUUUCUAUGUUCAGGGGACUGUAAAAUUGGGGUAAAAACUCUAAUUUGGCAUAAGAAUUUAGAAAGAUCAUAUCAUAGGGAACAUGUGUACUAAGUUUCAAGUUGAUUGGACUUCAACUUCAUCAAAAACUACCUUGACCAAAAACUUUAACCUGAAGCGGGACAGAUGGACGGAGGGAUGGAAGAAAGGACCCACAGACCGAAAAACAUAAUGCCCAUAAAUGGGGCAUAAACAUUAAUUAGCCUAGGGUUCAUGUAGGAUUAAGUGCAGAAGGGCUCUUUUUGCGUUGCCUCAUGAUCAAAGUUGCAGAAUGAGAGACAUAGGGACGCUAAUCCAUUGAUGGCAAAAACAAUUAUUAUAUUUACAAAUGUAUAAAGCUUUAUAUUUUAGAAGGUAGAAAACCUGCAUGCUUCACAACUUGUAAACAGAUGCCUUAUGGAGAAACACCACUAAUUCUUGGCCCCAUUGAUUUCUACAUCAUACAAGUAUGUUAAAUCUUCAGUUUCAAGUAGUCAUAGCAUUUUUGUCUUAAAUUGAAAUAAAAUGGUAGCCAUUUCAUGUCAAAGCAUACCUUAACUUGUCUUGUGCUGAAAAAAAAUUUAACAUACCUUUAAUUUCAUAUAAGAGCAUACUGGUUCCUUGGUUACCAAUACCAUAACAGGUACUUCAGAUCUGAUAAACAGGCAAAAUAUGCCCUUUUUAAAUUUCAUACAAUUUUUUUAUUAUUCAAAUUAUCAUUCAAAAGUGUUCUACAGUGAUCGCCUGUCAUUCAGCUUUCAUUUGAUACUAAAAUGACCAAAAUAGUGUACACAUUUUGAAUGAAACACUUAUGCAUUUGAACAAUUUUGUUUUAAACAAGUACUUCUUUGAUAUCUACUAUUUGUACAGGUAUGAUCUUUCUAACAGGGUCUAAAUUUAAUAGUGGUGUUUCACCUUAUCUUAUGAUGUUUCUAUCUGUCAUAAAUUAUGUACAUUUUCCUUGUGUUCAUUUUCAUGGUUCAGCAACUGCUUAAUUUUUUUUUUGUCAAGGGAGUAUCUCGCUUAUUAGGAUAACUAUAUUUGGUAUAAUGGAUCCUUACAAAGUCUUCAUGUCCAUCAGAUGUGGUCACCUGACCAUCACCUCAUUUCAUCAAUCAUUGAUCAAUGUUAAGUUUUGGUGAUCAGAUACUAGAAACAAUAUAUUUGGUGUAUGGAAUGAUUGUAAUUUGUGCACAUCAGUCCGGCAGGUUUCAUUUGAUCUUGACCUCAUUUUCUGGGUUUCAUUGGUCAGAGUUAAGUUUUUGUGGUUUACAAAUGUAGUUCUUUUCUCAGAUUUUAUAGGCAAUAUAUCACGUUUAUUCAGUGUAUAAAAUGGUUGUAAGGUGUACAAGGUGUAAGUUGUCUGUCUGGCAGGGUUCACCUGACCUUACCCUCAUUUUCAUGGUUCAUUGCAAUUAGUCAAUGUUAAGUUUUUGUUUUAAGAUCUGUUUCUCAGAUACUAUAAGCAAUAUAUGAAUAGAGACAUGUAUAUUUGGUGUGUGGAAUGAUUGUAAGGUCUUCAUGUCUGUCUGGCGGGGAUCAUGACUUCAUUAACAUGGAUCAGUGAUAAUGUUUAUUUGUAUGAUACUUGUAUUAAAAUUUCAUCUUAAAGACUUUCAACAUAAAUUCAAUUAUAAUUUAGAAGAGCAGGCAAGACAUCUCAGCAUAUGCACUCUUGUUUUAUCAUGUAUAUAAAAAAAAUGAAAUAACUGAAUAAAUAAAUUUAUUUUUGAUUUUUA